AUCUCAUCUGCGCAAGUUUGGGGGCGCUGUCAUCUACGUAUUCUUGAUAGUUUACGCCUGACUUUAGUCGUCUGCAUCGUUCUCUAUCUCAAAACAGCCUCAAGAUGCAUAGUGAUUUCGGUAACUUGGCGAAACUUCGCCGAAUUGUCUACUACAGACUAAGUCCACAUGAAAUGAACCCCCUGCAUGGGAUCAUCAGUCAUGGAGUUCCCAACAUGAUUCGCAGAUUCAGAGAAUCUGUUUUCUUGAUUGCUCCCUGGGCUAUUGGAACAUACCUGCUUGUUGACUGGGCUGAAGCCAAGAAUGAAGAGGUUUCAAGGAAGAACCCAAAAGAUUAUGAAAAUGAUAAAUAAAUCAUAAACUUUCAAAGCUGUUAGCCAAUUAUUCAGAGUUUCAAGUUUGUUGACAAACUUUUUUUUUUAAAUUGUCAAGAUUCUAGUAAAAUGUAUGUAUUUUAAAUUGCAGUAAAAGAUUUUUUUGAAGUAGAUUAUGCAAAUUGUUUUUUCCUAUACAAUGAACAAUUCCAAUGCAAUAAAGUACAUAAAGAGAAUUAAAUUUUA